GCUCUCUGAUGUUUGGAGAAAUCGCCGACUUUCUUUCGCGGGAGAAUCCGGUUGAGGAGCGCGCGAGGUUGUGUUUGUGAGAUGAUGGUCGAAGUUCCGCACUAAGAUGUAGAAUCCAGAUGAGGAGGAGGAAGAGAGACAGAAAGAGGAAGGAACUCGCGUCUGAACGACACACAUUUAGAAGAAGAGAGAGAGACCGCUGUUCCAGUCAUACGACACACCCACAGCUCCCUGUGACCUUCGACCUCAGCUGCGCACCAUGUGUCACGUGAUCGUGACGUGCCGUUCGAUGCUGUGGACGCUGCUCAGCAUCGUGGCGGCGUUCAGCGAGCUCAUCGCCUUCAUGAGCACCGACUGGCUGCUGGGCUUCCCGCGGACGCCAGACGCCGUCUUCUCUCCGCAUGGGGAAACGUACCGACCCACGCUGGGCAUCUACGGCCGCUGCAUCCGUCUGCCUCACCUGCGGCGCGGCGUUCUGUGCGGCCCGUACGCCGUGCACUUCACUGAGAUCGCCAGCGGGUUCUGGCAGGCCACCUCCAUCUUCCUCGCCGCUGCGAUCCUGCUGCUGAGCGCCGUGGCCUUCAUCUCCGUCUUCACCAUGUGCUUCCAGAGCAUCAUGAAGAAAAGCCUUUUUUCCCGCUCACCUGUUUGCAUCUCUGCUGCAGGUCUGUUCCUGAUCCUGGGUCUGAUGCUGUAUCCCGCCGGCUGGGGUUCAGAUAAAGUGCAGGGCUACUGCGGCCCUGACGCCUCGGCCUAUCAGCUGGGCCUGUGCUCUAUGGGCUGGGCCUUCUACACCGCGCUGGGCGGCACCGUCCUCACCUUCAUCUGCGCCGUGUUCUCCGCGCAGGCCGAGAUCGCCACGUCCAGCGAUAAAGUGCAGGAGGAGAUCGAGGAGGGCAAGAGCCUGAUCUGUCUGCUGUGAGACGCCUGUGUCUGCGUCUCAUCAUCUGAUGUGUGUCCGUCUGAUGUAAAUAUAUGCGUGUAAAUAAUGUAAAUAUGAUCGUGAAGGAUCGUGGGUUCCAGUCGCCCAGAAACCACUUGAUCUCGUGUGUGAGGAGAUGAACGUGAGCAUGUGCCAAAAUCGCUGAUGCCUUGAGCCGCCCAACCAGACCUGAGACCCACAGAACCAGAGACAAGAGUGUGUGAGUGUCUGUGAGUGUGUGUGUGUCUGUGAGUGUGUGUGUCUGCUCUUGUGCACUAGUGUUCACCAUCAUCUCUGCCAAAUAAAGAAGCCAUGACUAAGUGUUGCUCUACUG